AUGGGUUGGUUCUGGGCCGAUGGUCCUGCUGCGCCCGUCAAGGCGAACUACGUCUCCGCGGCGCAUCCUCAUGGUGUCGCUGUCCCUACCGGACCUCCUCCUACUCUCGGUGCCCUGAACCCGAGUACAAAGCCCGCCGCCGCACCCGCUCCUCCUUCCGCAUGCCCCGUCCCCCACGACCAACGCCGUGCCGCCGCUCCUCCGCCUCCUCCCUCGGCGUGCCCCGUUCCCCACGACCAGCGACAGUCCGCCGCGCCGCCGCCGUCGUCAUGUCCCGUGCCGCACGACGCGCCCAAGCCCGAGUCCAAGGGCGGCUUCCUCCAGCAGAUCAACCCCCUGAACUACAUGUUCAAGGAAAUCUCCCAGACCCCCGCCGAGAACCAGGCCAUCGUCCUGCCCACCGAGCGCGAGCCCUCGACGAUACCCAAGGGGUCCGGCGACGGCAACUGGGAGUACCCCUCGCCCCAGCAGAUGUACAAUGCCCUGCUGCGCAAGGGUUACACUGACACCGACAUCACCGCCGUCGAGUCCAUGGUCUCGGUCCACAACUUCCUCAACGAGGGCGCCUGGGCAGAGAUCGUCAGUUGGGAGGAGCGCUUCGGCAAGGGCCUGUACAGGGGCUGGCAGGCCUGCCGCCGCGGCGAGGAGAACGCCGACGAUGAAGUCGAGAAGCUCAAGGACGGCACUGAGACGCCCCCAACCCUGAUUCGCUUCCAGGGCCGCCCCAAGGACAUGACCCCCAAGGCCGUCAUGUGGCAGGUUGCCGGCUGGAUCUAUCCCUCCAAGUUCGAGACCGAGCCCCCAUUUGACCGCCACGACUGGUUCGUCUCCCGCAAGAUGGGCGACGUCGAGAAGGAGGUCCGCUACGUCAUCGACUACUACUCGGGUGAGCCCGAGCCCACCGGCGAACCCGUCUUCUACCUCGAUGUCCGGCCCGCCAUGACGCCCCUCGGCGCGGCGGAGCGGCUGAUCCGAUGGGGCGGCGACGUGUGGUGGAGGGCCUCGGGCGCCGAGGUGCGCGAGAAGGAGCGGCUCGAGAACCAGUGGAAGAAGAGCUAG